CUUCAUUGCGAGAUCUACGGUUAGUCCAGCCAGUAUUUCAGGCAACUAUAGCAUCUAGUAUCGUACAUCUCGCAGUCACCUCGCUCUCAGAGGCCAUCGCCCAAGACGAUCUAUGCCGGUAAGACGGAACCACAACCUGCGUCCGCUACCAUGCCCGCUUUUGAGGGAUCCCGAUGCUUCUUAAUCUAUUCCGCCGGUCGCGGUCCAUUCGCGUACCGCUCAAGAAUGGGAACUUUGACAUGCAGCGAGUGUCGGUUAAGAGAAGACCAAAACCUAUAGUCUCGCGUGUCCUCUCUACGAUCCUCAUCAGUUAUUGCGUUCUUCAGACAGCCCAUUAUGUCUUGCCCAAGAAAGACUCCCAGAGCAAUGUCGAGAGUCAGCUGAAAACACUCCAGAGUCAGGUAAAGAGACUUGAGGACAAGAACGAGACAUCGGAUUCCCAACUACAGCACGAUGGAGAUUUCCGUGUUUGGCUCCCAUGGAUGCGGCACAGAAAACCGCCCAUGUAUACUCCAGAUGAUCCUGAUUGGAGAGAAUAUCAAAAACUGCAACAAGAUGAGAAGCUGAUGACCCGUAUCAAGGUUCAGGUGGUUGGAAUGAUAGUGCAAACAGCAUUGCCGGAAUACGCUUCGUCCCUGUUCGCUGUCGGCGCCAACCAGAACCGUAUUCAUAUGAACCUGGAUAUUAUCCCACCGGUCCGUCCUCCGACAAUUUACGAAAUCUCAUGUCUGUAUUUCGGACCGGAUAGAUGCACUUGGGGGUGGCACCAACUGCCUGACAACAUUGGAAGCAAGGUGCAGCAUAUUUUCCAUCCGUUUGUUUUCCGCGAGGCCUUCUACGCAGGCCUCAAGGAAUUUGCGCGGAUCUUCUACAAGAUCAGCCGAGCUAGGGUCGCCGACUUCUAUGACUCCGUUCGAGAUCAAACCACUCGAGCUGGCUCCAAAAUUGAAAAGGGAGCGAAACACGCGAAAGACACCACCCAGGUUGAGAAGGUGCAAUCUCAACUCUGGAUCAACCAGAUAUCCGACAAGUCUAAAGAUCAGUGGCUACCAUUUCUUCGGGGAGAAUGCAGCGAUCAUCCAUCGACCCAGUCCUACCGGGACGUCGUCAAGUCCGUGACAUACCAGCAAGCUAUUGAGGCAGGGUGUAUGAUGUUUCGUUCGACGGUCAAUUCAGGUCGAGCUUUGACCGCAGGAGCUCAUGUCCGAGAUGCGGUGCGUGUCGAAGGAUCACUUGUCUGGUAUGGUACGAAAGGCAAACUACACUUGGACGUAAGGGCUGUUUACUCGCCAGAAAACGGGUCCAUUAUUGGAAAACCGGUCGUUCUCAGGGCAUACACCAUCCCAGACACCACAAAAUGGCACAACAAGAAGCAGAGUGAUCCAGCUACGAAGUUGCCGACCGACAAAACUGGGACGCAAUCGCCACUGAAACAGUCAAAGGAAACAUCGGGAGGCCACCAGCCGGAGCCGUCUACGAAGGAAAGGGAGGAGGGGAAAUAGUUUACGAGGACUUUGAAAUGGUUUGCGCUUAGCGAGGAGUACGAGGACUAUGGAUUAUCAUGAACUGAGACUGGCCUGAUGUGCUGCGGAGAAUUAUGCUUUCGAUACAAAGAUGCUACUCAGAAGCUGAUUUUUGGUGUGUGUCAGUGAAGACAUCCUGCCGCCUUCGAUUUCAUGGAAGGAUUCUUUUCGAGUGUGCUUUACAGAUUCGAACCUUUCACGUUCUCAUCAUCCCUGGGAGAAUAUCAUCGCACUCUUGCCCUGUUAUUUAAC